AAGUCACAGAGUCUGUGCAAGCUCCUGGCUCUUGGAGAAGUUUGGCUGGUGUCCUCACUGCUGUGGUUUAGGGCACACAACCCUCAGCCUAUCCCUGUGGCUCCCAGGAGACCCACACCACAGGGGUCUCUGGUGUCCUCCCAGCCAGGGCCUUCUGUGGGAUGUUUGCCAUAGCUGGUGUUUCCUGAGAAGAGCCAGGGGAGCUCUUCCCAACCUUCCCAGAGGAGUUCCUGUGUGGACUGGCCUCUUCUGUCUCUGCUUGGGCCCAUGCCCUUCCUCAGUAGCCUUGUGGCAGACUCGGACACCCCUUCGUGCUGGUGAUGGACUCUGUGGCUCUGUUGGGUGACUCUGCAGUCAUGCUGCAGUUGCUCCCAUUCCGGUGUCCUGUUCUUGAGAGCUGCCUGUGUGCUGACUGUCCAGCCCCAGGGCAGGGAAAAUAACCCCUGGGAGUGAAACACCCACCGCUACUCAGGCUGCAGAUGGACAUAUUGUGCUGAAUCUUUUCAACCGUGGUAAGAAGGAAAGCUAUAGCAGGAAACUGUGCUUCAGACGUACCCACUCAGCACCGCAAUGUCUGGAAAGGGCAAAGGUGGUGUGGAAGGCAGUGCUGAUUCCUUCAUUUUGUGCCACAUAGACUCUGAGUUUCGCUACAACCUCUUCACUGUUUUCUACAGCAUCAUUUUCAUUCUGGGCUUUGUUGCCAACUGCUACGUUCUCUGGAUUUUCAGCCAUAUUUACCCUACCAAGAAACUCAAUGAAAUCAAGAUAUUCAUGAUAAACCUGACAGUAGCUGACUUGCUUUUCUUGGUUACGAUGCCAAUGUGGAUUGUUUAUUACCACCACCGUGGAGACUGGAUCAUGCCUGAGUUUCUCUGUAAUGUGGCUGGCUGUUUAUUUUUUGUUAACACUUACUCUUCUGUUGCCUUUCUGAUGGUCAUCACAUACAAUCGUUACCAAGCUGUGACUAAUCCUAUUAAAGCUUCCCAGCUGACCACACAGAGAAGGGGUAUCUACCUAUCAGCAGCUAUCUGGAUCAUAAUAGUGGGCAGCUCUUUGUAUUACCUUUUUGACAAUAAUACUAAUCAAGAGGAGAUCAACUCGAAGAAUUUCACCCGGUGCUUUGAGCGCUAUGACACUUCUAGUGGGGUUUCGGCUGUUCUCGCAAUUCACGUCAUCAUCUGCGUCCUCUUCUAUAUCAUUUUCCUUUUUAUACUGGGCUGGAACAUUGUCAUUAUCAGGACCCUGUUCUCCAAGUCGGUGCAUCCACGGAAGAGCGCUCAUGUCAAGCAAAGGGCCCUCUGGAUGGUCUGCACAGUGCUGGCUGUGUUCAUCAUAAGCUUUGUUCCCCAUCACAUCGUGGACCUGCCCUGGACCCUGACUGUUCUGGAGCAGUGGAAGAAGGAAAACUGUCAGCUGCGCCAACAGCUCAAUGAUGCUCACCAGGUGACUUUGUGCCUCUUGAGUACAAACUGUGUGUUGGAUCCGAUCAUCUACUGCUUCCUCACCAAGAAGUUCCAGAAGCAUCUUUCAGAAAACCUGAAAAGCAUGAAAGGGAGUCGCAAGUGCUCCAGACAAACCACGGACACGGUGAUUGAGGGCACCAUUCACCAAGAGGAUGCCAUUAGGAUUUGUUAGAACCACUAAGCCUGUUCUGAUUGCAGAUGGAGAGGUGUGAAUUGAUCACUCAUCUUUUCUCAGGAAGAGGCACCAAGGGACAAAACAAAAGAUCAGGAUUUUACAUUUUUUUUUUUCCCAUUAGACUGAAGAAUGGAUGCUCAUUUCUUCUAUACACACACAAUUGGCAGAACUGGAACCUGUGGUUAUCUGGCAGGAAAGCACCUUCUGUCUGGGCUGGUGUUCUCAUGGGUGCUGAGAACAGCACAAUCAAUCUGCUUUUAUGUAAAAGAAACGUGUCACUGAGCUCUGCAGAGAGCAGCUAGAAGUCAAGUGCACCAGAUUUAUCCAUUGUCCAGACAGAACCGUCCCUGCUCUUCUGCCUGCCCAGCCCUCACAAUGGAUCCAGUAUUAGAACUGUAAGGGACUUCUAAAAGACCUGGAAGAACAGGCUGAGCUGUGAGUGUCAUUGGGUGACUUUUCUAAGCAGCUUACAUGGUCCUAUGAAGAGAGUCUGAGCUGAAGAAGCUCUUGAGUGGCUGGAAGAGACUAGUCCAUGGAGUUCCUCAAAUGCUGUCAGAGGAAAUCUGCACCUCUGAUCCCUUCUUACCGACUCACAUGGUCUGCUGGGAUCCAAACUUUAGAGAUGUCUGGGAGUAACUAUUAUGAACCUUUGCUUCCAGAUUUUGAGUCAGUCAAGUUGGGAAGGAAAGGAAGAGAAGUUGGCAGUGCCUCAACACCCCCCCACAGAUCAGCAUUAGUGCCAAAGGGCACUAUGGUCUGCCCUGGCUUCUUGUGUGACAGCAGAACUGGCCAGCCAGUGGUCUCGUGCACUCAGUUUACUAAUUCCUGACUGACUGCAGUGUCUGUGGACACACAAUCUAGCUUAGGAGACUCCAAAUAACCAAAGGUUACUGUCAGCAUGGGCAUUACGAUAAAGAAAAAAAAUCUUAAAAUUCAUUAGUAUCUUUGUGCUUAUUUAUUUAAGUUAGGGUUGUAGCCAUUACAUUAUUCCUUCCCCCAGCCCUUCCAGUUCUGCUGCAAAGAAAUGAAGCUGGCUAGUUCUUGAUUUCCUACAGCAAGUGAGGUUUUACAUCAGGUCAUGGCCACUUUCUGAGUAAAUCAGUGCUGGGCAGUGGUACAGGACACUUGACAGACACACAAUUCACAGGCUCCAACAGCACUGGAGACCCCUCACCCAGGGCUGGCUGCAGUCCAUUGGGGCCCGGGGCAAAGUGGUUUUCCACGAGUGCUGAGUUCUGUUACCAGUCAUGAGACACUCGGGAUUCCUUUUCUAACCCAAAUUGCUCAAUCUAGCACAGGAAAUUGGGCAGAGAAGGGAACUUACUUGUUUUCACAACAGUUUUUGGUUCCCUAAACUACCUAGUCUGUUGAUGACAGGAAGGGUGUAUCUGACCUGUGACACCAAUUAUUCCUCUGCUUGACAGUGGCCUUCCCACACCCACCCGAGCACGGCGAAGGUAAGCUCAAGCCUUUCCAAAGACAGGACCAACACUGUACUGCUUUGCUUUUAUUCAGUGGAGAUAUGGGUCCUUCAGUUGUAUCCUUUGGAGCUUCUCAGGCAGAUUUUGUCCUUUCUUGUGUGAAUGAGCAAAAGAACUAAUAUGUUUAUUUUUCUAAGGCCAUUGCCAGGGACACCCCUGCAUUCCAGGCCCAGUGCCAGACAAAGGAAAGAGUCUGAUCACAAUGAGAAUGCAUCUCCCUCCUAGUCCUGGGCUCUGCUCCAGUAAUGGCCACCCAUAACGAACAACUGCCAGCACCUUGUCCUGUCCCUCAACAACGUUCAGAGAUGUGCCCUGAAUCUGCAGAGCCAGAGAACACAGCAAGGAAGCAACUUUUGUAAUUUAAAAGCCUAAGUCUGACUUGCUGGAGGAAUCUGCCUCUGUUUCUGCCUUGCUCUGUUGGCACGUUCUGGCUGAGGAGCUCUGCUGGUGUCAGAUGAGGGGACCUCUCCAUUGUCCCCCUUGGUCCCUAUGCCAUAGUGGAGCUCUCAUUUCACAGACCCUAAAGCACUGAACCGAUGGAAUUGCCACUCUUGGAGGAAACGGAAAGGAAUUUUACGUGGAGAGCUGGCAAAUGAAUGAUCUUCUUUGGAUUCCUGGAAAGUUCGCAGCAGAAUUUACAGUUUAGCUCCUCACUGUGGGUAUCCACGGGCUUUAUUUCACGCCAGGGCAGCGUGGGCUCAGGGAACCAAUGUAGACUUGCAUCUAAGGAAAAGGGUAAAUGGAGGGAAAAGCCCAGAGGUCACUUCAGGAGGAGAUGUUGUAGUAAUUAAUCAGUAACAAUGUGCUUCUAAAAACCAGGCUGAGCUGCUACUUCUGUUCCUGGAAUUACUUUCAUGAUUCUACCGCAAUGUUGCAUUACUCUGCUCUACUUUGCAAUUAAAUGGAUCCUCAAAAGUUCUUUUAAAUAAAGUGUGUUCCUCAA